AUGGGUCUCCUAGCCCUCGGAACCGCCCUAGACUGGCCCGAUGCGAAGCAGCGCGCCGGACAGGUUCGGGAGUGGGGUAUCAAGCAACUCUUGGAGAUAUGGAACAAAGCAAAGAGCAAGGAGCGCGACGCCUUGCUCUGGGGAGACGAGGUUGAAUAUCUGGUCGUCACCUACUCCAAGGAUGACCCAAAGGUUCGCCUCUCACUCAGACAGGCCGAGAUCCUCACAGCGCUCGCCGAGAGCCCCGACCUCGCGAAGGAGGGAGGCUGCGUGCCCGACCUGCAAGACGUCGCCCGGGGGAAAUCAUCGGUAACCCUCCCCGUCUUCCACCCCGAGUUUGGCCGCUUCAUGCUCGAGGCGACCCCCGGCAAGCCCUGGGGCAUCGGCUUAAAGGAGCUCCUCGAUGUCGAGCCCGACAUGAAGCUUCGCCGUAAGAUUGCAAAGGACCACAUGCACGCCAACGAAUACCCCAUCACCCUCACCACGUUCCCGCGUAUCGGCUGCCCCGGCGACUUUACGGAACCCUACUACCCGCCCUCUGGGCCCAAGCUGCGCUCCCAGUUCGUUCCGGACGAGAUUGCGAACCCGCACAUCCGCUUCCCGACCCUCGCUGCCAACAUCCGCUGGCGCCGCGGCCGCAAGGUCCAGGUCAAUGUGCCCGUUUUCCACGACCGCAACACCCCGAACCCCUGGCGCGACCCGACCGUCAACUACGACCUGCACAACUGGCCCGAGGACGAAGACGUCCGUACCGGCGGCGCCGCCCCCGACAACUUCAUUCACAUGGACGCCAUGGCCUUCGGCAUGGGCAGCUGCUGCCUCCAAAUCACCUUCCAGGCCAAGAACAUCACCGAGGGUCGCAAGAUGUACGACCAGCUCAGCCCGCUGGGCCCUAUCCUGCUCGCCCUGACGGCCGCCACCCCGGUCUACAAGGGCUUCCUCGCCAACACGGACGUGCGGUGGAACCAGAUCAGCCGGGCCGUGGACUGCAGGACACCCGAGGAGCUCGGUGAGAAGCCCCUGAAGAACGACCGCUGGCGGAUACCCAAGUCCCGCUACGCCUCCAACUCGACCUACAUCUCGACCGACCCGCGCCUGCGGCCCGAGUACCUGUCGCCGGACCUCGUCAUCGACGAGGACAUCAAGGCCAAGCUCAUGGAGGGCGGCAUGGACGACCGCCUCGCGACGCACUUCGCCCACCUCUUCAUCCGCGACCCCAUCGUCGUCUUCGAGGAGGACCUUCAGGAGCUGGACCUCGGCAAGACGGACCACUUCGAGAACUUGCAGUCGACCAACUGGCAGCACAUGCGCUUCAAGCCCCCUCCGGCCGACAACAGCAUCGGCUGGCGCGUCGAGUUCCGCCCCAUGGAGAUCCAGUUGACGGAUUUCGAGAACGCCGCCUUCUCCGUCUUCAUGGUCCUCGUCACGCGCGCCAUCCUCUCCUUCGACCUGAACUUCUACAUCCCCAUCCCCCGCGUCGACGAGAACAUGGAGCGCGCCCAUGCCGUCGACGCCGUCCUCGCCGAGAAGUUCUUCUUCCGCAAGAACCCCUUUGCCAGCCGCCACCGCGCCAACAACCUCGGCGGCGACUCCGAGUCGCGGCCUGGCUCGCGGCCCGGCUCCGCGCACCCCAGCCGCCCGCCGACGCCCUUCCUCCCCGUCGAGGAGGAGUACGCCGAAAUGACGGUCAACGAGAUCAUCAACGGCAGCCCGGACGGCGACGCCACCGGCACCGGGUUCCCCGGCCUCAUCCCGCUCGUCGAGAGCUACCUCGACGGCGUCAACGUCGACGUGCAGACGCGCUGCGAGCUGGACACCUACCUGCGGCUCAUCAGCCGGCGUGCGAGCGGCGAGCUCGACACGGCGGCGCGCUGGCUGCGCAACUUCAUCGACGCGCACCCGGCGUACCGGCACGACAGCGUCGUCGGCGACGACAUCCAGAAGGACAUCAUCGCGGCCGUCAUCGCCAUCGGCGAGCGCGAGACGGCUGGUGAGGGGUUCGCAGGGCUCGAUAUCCACGGCCUGCCGCGGUUGCUCGGUAACUUCCGCCGGGGGGGCUGCGGGGGUUCGGCGUGA